AGUGAAGCGUUGUCUAUCCUAUAUUGUUUGUCUAUCCUAUAACGCAAGGCUAUAAUAAUGGAGGGCAACGAAAUAAAGCAGCAGAUGUUUGAAGAGCUGCACGAAUCGAUUAAGAAAGGUAGAAUUGCGUAUGCUGUCAAAACUCAGUUAGAAAAUUACAAUAUCAUUGAAAGACGGAGAAUCGUGUCGUGCUUGAAGGAUGGCUGCUCACCUUUAUUCUUGGCCAGCCAGCUUGGUGAUUGCAAAUCAGCAGACUACCUCCUAGAUGUAUGCCAUGCAGACAUUGAGCAGAGGGGAGAGUAUGAGGCUGCAGAAGAAAGGUCUCAUCAUUUUGUGACACCUCUCUGGUGUGCUGCUGUAGCAGGCCAUUUUGCCAUUGUGCGAACACUUGUCCUUCAUGGCGCUGACAUAAAUAGCACUUCAGAUACUGGAUCCACGCCAGUUCGGUCAGCAUGUUUCAUGACAAAUAUUGAAAUUGUGAGAUACCUGACUGAUUUGGGUGCACAGUUAUGGAAGCCCAACUACAAUGGUGGUACAUGUCUCAUCAACUCUGUGCAGUCUGUCCCACUCUGUAAGAUCCUUAUAGGCCAUGGAGUAAAGGUGAACGCCCAAGAUAUCCAGGCAAAAACAGCUUUACAUUACGCCAUUCAGGAGUACCGGCUAGAAACUGUCAAGCUGCUAAUCGAAAAUGGGGCUAAUGCUAACCUCAAGAAUCGCUAUGGGGAUGAUGCACUGCAGACUGCUUGUCUACGUGGAAGUGCGCAGAUCUUUAACUAUUUAAUUGAACAAGUGGACUAUGAUAGGGAGAGGUUAAUAGAGGCAUAUGAGUUACUAGGUGCAACCCUACUGGAGGAAAAUCACAAUGUACAAGCAGCUUUGGAAGCCUGGCGAACAGCUAUCAAAAUGCGGUUUGAUUCGGCACAUGUAACAUUACCCAAGGUAAUUAAUCUAGUGCCGAAUCCUGUUUACAUGAAUGCUAUGGAACACAGAACAUGGGCAGAAAUUCAAGCCAUUUCUACUGAUCCUGAUGCAUUACACAUGCAGGCACUACUGAUCUGCGAGCGAAUACUCAGCACACACCACAAAGACAUGAUCUUCAGGCUGAUGUACCGUGGGGCCGUCUUUGCGGAUAUGCAAAGAUAUCAGCGUUGUGUAGACUUCUGGCAAUAUGCUCUGCAAUUACGUGUGGCUCGUGAUGGCAUCCUGCACGUCGAGACUACGAUCACAGCCCAGGCGAUAACACGACUGUUCUUGGAAAUGAUAGGCAUUCAGCGCUUGGGGGAUGUGAUGGAGACUGUGCAGUUUAGUGACAUCUACAACAUCCUCUUAUUGAUCAGCACUCAACUGGAGGAGGGUAUGAGGCUGUUGAACGUCCGUCCUGUCUUUAAGAAGCAAAUGGACAACUUCAACAAAACCUUGCUCAUCAUCAUAUACCUACUGUACACGUUCACACGGGUGCAGGUGCCGGCAGAUGAAAUGGUGCAGCUCAAGCGACUGCUCAACAAGAUGAUCCGACUAAAUUUGCGGUCGGCUGGCGGCGACUCCCUGCUGCAUGUUGCUCUGGAUAAGAAAUCGUCUGUGUUCGACGAUCCCAACCUGAGCGUAUUUCCUAACCGUGAUGUAACGAUGCUGCUGCUGGAGUGUGGAGCAGACGUGAAUGCGCUAGAUUAUGCAAAGAACUGCCCACUUCAUGUUCUCGCCAACCUGCAGAACUAUGAAGAAGAUCUGGUGACCCUGCUGAUGGCACAUGGCGCACACAUUGAUAUUCGUAAUGCUGAUGGUGAAACGGUGUACAGGCGUCUCGUCACGAACCCAGAGUGCACCUUAAACUUGCUGAGUUACAUGUCGCUGAAGUGCCUGGCAGCCCAGGCAGCGAUGCAUUAUAAGCUACCGUACCGUGGCCAAGUCCCAGUUAGUCUAGAAGCAUUCAUUGAAUGGCAUUAGUGAAACUGAUGACUAACAUUUAACGUUAGUCUUACUACCAGUGUAGCAAUGAAUAUUAGUCCAAUUUGCUUUAAUUUGAUAACUGGACAAAUUUUUGGUUUGUAUGAAUUUUUUAAUUUUUUUUUAAUUUGGACUGCAUUUGAUGCCAACGUGAUUGCAGUUGGCUCUUGAGAUUGUCAUAACAUCUACUCGCGCGCUACUUACAUUCUGCCAACCACCACUUUUGAUUGCUGACUCGACAGUGUUUUGUGACUAAUCAAGUUAAGUCAGGUUGAAGUAAGGUGAUGAAAGCCAGGUUAAAUAGAGAAAUGAGAUGCUAGAUAUUUUAUAGCUAGCCCGCCUGUAACGAAUCAUACUAGGGUGGUGGUUCUAUGGUCAGUCGAUGUAAAAGAACAUUGAACAUGCCUGUAAGGCUGUAACCAUAGUCCUGUUCUUAGCUUCCAGCAUAACAAACAAUGGAUAUGUGAUAAAAUGACUGACUUUUAAUUUUUCAGCUGAAAGUAUGGGUGGGACGAUUCAUCGAUAUAUCGAGAUACAAACCCUAAUGACCGACUAAAAUCCAUAUAAUUUAGUAAUGUAGUUUGAUUCAAAAAGAAAAGAAACAUAACAUCAGUUGUUUACUACGUGCUCUACAACACUGAAUUGUUAACAUUCACAUGAUUGGCAUUGAGUCAUGGCGGGUAUGAAUGUAUUGGUAUAAUUUUGGAGUUCAUUUAAUUGAGAGUUGAUCAUUUAUCUCUAAAAAAACUGUGAUAUGAUGGUAAAAUUGUGUUUUCGCGAUCCUACAACUCAAUAUAUGCAUUAUUUUUGCUUAAAGAGGAGGAGCAAUAUCUAUUGGAAAACCGUAAGCAGUUUUCUGAUUAUGUUUACCUGCACUAGUCAUAUACUUGGUUAGUUAGGCCCUGAUGGCAAUAUUUACUUUCAGCCAACUGAUGUCGUAAUACAUACACUCUGUAAAGUAACCACAUCACAUAGAAGAAACCUCAAAACAU